ACUUCGGGAAGCAGUUCAGCUGGCCACCAGCUUCAGUGUCUACUAUCAUUAGCCCGAGUGCUCCUUGGUCGGUUAGUACCGACCCACCCACCGAAGCGGAGGUCCGUAAGGAACUCCAAGUUCUGAAACGCCAUAAGGCGCCCGGCCCAGACAAAUUACCCCCGGCUCUUUUUAAAGAUGGUGGCGAGACUCUCACAAUGGCUCUAACUGGGUUGUUCAGGAAGGUGUGGGAGACAGAGAGUGUACCAUCAAUGUGGAACGAAGCCAUUAUCGUCCCCAUCUUUAAAAAGGGUCGACGUAAUUCGUGUGACAAUCAUAGGGGUAUCAGUCUGUUACCAGUCGCGUCUAAAAUAUUGGCUGCUGUCUUGCUUCGCAGACUGUGCAAAAUACGUGAAGGAUUGAUUCGCGAAGAGCAGGCUGGGUUUCGUUCAGGUCGUGGAUGCAUUGAUCAUGUGUUCACCCUUCGUCAGUUGUUGGAACACCGCCACACGUAUUGCAGGCCAACGAUCGUUGUGUUUCUUGAUAUUAGGGCUGCCUUCGAUUCGUUGGACAGAACUGUGCUCUGGAACUGUCUGUUAGAGAGAGGUGUACCUGAGAAAUUUGUUAACAUCCUGAAAGCCCUAUACAGAAACACCUCAGGUAGAGUGAGGGCAUACAACCAACUAUCACCACUGUUCCCAACCAACAGUGGGGUUAGACAGGGUUGCCCAAUCUCUCCAUUUCUCUUUAACUUUGCCAUCGAUGACAUUCUGGAGUCAGCUCUGAAGGAUGUGCGUGAAGGUGGUGUAGAUCUGCUACCUGGAGAUAGACUUUUCGACCUCGAGUAUGCAGACGAUAUCGUCUUACUGUGCGAUAGCAUGCAGGCUGCCCAAAUCGCACUUAAUCAGUUGGCGAUCAGUGUCUGUAAGUAUGGUAUGUGCUUUGCGCCGUCUAAGUGCAAAGUACUGUUACAAGAUUGGCAGGAGCCUGUACCUGCACUCACUCUUGCGGGUGAACCGCUUGAAGUUGUUGAUAAGUUUGUGUACCUGGGUAGUUGUGUGAGUGCUGGCGGAGGGGUGACGGAUGAGAUUUCCAACCGUAUAAUGAAGGCUAGGGUGGCAUACAUCAACUUGAGCCACCUCUGGCGCCGUCGCGACGUUAGCCUGGCUGUCAAAGGUCGGGUAUACAAUGCUUCGGUGCGGGCUGCGCUGCUCUACGCCUGUGAAACCUGGCCUCUCCGAGCUGAGGAUGUGCGGCGACUCUGCGUGUUCGAUCACCGCUGUCUCCGCAGGAUUGCUUGCGUUCGAUGGCAUCAUCGCGUGAGUAAUUCUGAGGUUCGGCGGCGUGUGUUUGAACAAAGUGGAGAUCACCAUUCAUUGAAUGUCGUCAUCUGGAAACACCGGCUCCGGUGGCUUGGACAUGUGCUCCGAAUGUCACCCCAGAGGCUUCCGUACAGGUCUCUGUUCGCUAGCCCUGGGACGGGAUGGAAAAGGCGGAGAGGUGGUCAGUCCAUGACGUGGCGUCGUGGGAUGAAGGAUUUUUGUGCUAGAUUAGCAUCGGUUGGUGUGUCACGACUCCCUGGUUGGGGUCCGAGAGAUAGCUCAAAUCGAUGGCUCGAAACGUUAUCGGAUAUGGCCAAGAAUCGUAAUCAGUGGCGAAUGUGUUGCGAUUUCCUUCUUUCUUCCCUUCCCGAUGAUAGCUAACGAACACUGUUUGAACUUGUUAAGCAUGACUGUUUUCCUUCCAGAUGAAGUUCUUUAUCCGUUCUCUACUUAUAUAUAUUUUUUCUUUUCCUUCCUUCCUUUUUUUUGAUCUAUGUUGUUUUAUUAUUAUUGUGUGGCGCAUCUUUCUUGGUGCCAUAUUGUACCAAGUUUUUUAUGCGUUUAAAUAAAUAAAUAA